UCACAACUCACAAGGGCAACUCACAGAACCCUGAACUGACGGAGUCUAUAAAACUGGCUCUUAUCACCGGACACUGAUAUCUUGACGUUUCCGAGUGUGUGUCCUUGUUCCGCCAUGAUUGCACUCGAGGAGCGUUGAACCGGCUGCCCAGCUCCUCCUCGUGUCUCCGAUGGCGAGUGUACUGCGUGUGGUUGCCAGCAGCUGUUCCAGUCCUCUCUUCACUGGACUGGCCUCGGUCCGGACCGCGAAAGUGCCAUGUGUGCGCUUCUUCAGGACCCACCAGGCUCUCGCACGCUCUGCAGGCCUAGGGAUUCCUUACAAACAGCUGACGGUCGGCGUUCCUAAGGAGAUCUUUGAGAAUGAGCUCCGGGUGGCGCUGUCGCCUGCGGGGGUGGACGCCCUCGUCAAGCAGGGCUUCAACGUGGUGGUCGAGUCUGGUGCCGGAGAGUCCGCCAAGUUCCCCGACGAUCUGUACGCCAGCGCUGGAGCUACCGUCAAGGGAGUGAAAGACGCGCUGUCCUCUGACAUUGUGCUUAAGGUUCGUGCCCCGAUGCUGAACCCAGCCCUGGGUGUACAUGAGACGGAACUGAUGAAGGAAGGCGCCACUCUGGUGAGCUUUAUCUACCCGGCUCAGAACCCAGAGCUGUUGGAUCGUUUGGCCAAGCGCAAGGCUACAGUUCUGGCCAUGGACCAGGUGCCACGCGUCACCAUCGCUCAGGGCUACGAUGCCCUCAGCUCCAUGGCCAACAUAGCUGGGUAUAAAGCCGUGGUCCUGGCGGCGAACCACUUUGGCCGCUUCUUCACCGGUCAGAUCACCGCCGCAGGAAAAGUCCCGCCCGCUAAGGUGCUCAUCAUUGGAGGGGGCGUGGCCGGACUUGCUGCAGCAGGAACUGCCCGGUCCAUGGGCGCCAUCGUCAGGGGCUUUGACACAAGAGCUGCAGCCUUGGAGCAGUUUAAGUCUCUGGGAGCCGAGCCGCUGGAGGUGGACGUGAAGGAGUCUGGAGAAGGCCAGGGUGGCUACGCUAAAGAGAUGUCCAAGGAGUUCAUCGAAGCAGAGUUGAAGCUGUUCGCCAAGCAGUGUUUGGAAGUCGACAUCCUUAUCAGCACCGCUCUUAUCCCGGGUCGUAGGGCUCCCGUGCUGAUCACAAAGGAGAUGGUGGAGACCAUGAAGGACGGCUCGGUGGUGGUGGAUCUGGCUGCUGAGGCAGGGGGCAACAUCGAGACCACGGUCCCUGGACAGCUCACAGUUCACAAAGGAGUGACCCACGUUGGCUUCACAGAUCUUCCGAGUCGCCUUCCAACUCAAUCCAGCACCUUGUAUUCCAACAACAUCACCAAGCUCAUCCGUGCAAUCAGCCCAGACAAGGAGCACUUCCACUUCGAGGUGAAGGACGUCUUCGACUACGGAACAAUGGACCACGUCAUCCGGGGUUCAGUCGUCAUGCAGAAUGGAAAAGUACUUUUUCCCGCACCGCAGCCCAAUAACAUCCCGGUGGCAGCACCUCCCAAACCCAAAUCCAUACAGGAGCUGCAGAAAGAGAAGGCUGCUGCUGUGUCGCCCUUUACAAGCACGCUCACCACAGCCAGCGCCUACACUGGAGGUCUUACCACAUUGCUCGGACUCGGGCUCUGCGCACCCAACGCUGCUUUCACUCAGAUAGUGACUACCUUUGGCCUGGCAGGAAUUGUGGGAUAUCAUACUGUAUGGGGGGUCACGCCCGCCCUCCAUUCUCCUCUCAUGUCUGUGACCAAUGCCAUUUCUGGUCUGACUGCUGUCGGUGGGCUCUCGCUGAUGGGUGGAGGAUAUGCCCCGUCCAACACGGCAGAAACCCUGGCUGUCCUUGCUGCCUUCGUCUCCUCCGUCAACGUCGCUGGUGGUUUCCUGGUCACUCAGCGGAUGUUGGAUAUGUUCAAGCGGCCCACGGACCCCCCGGAGUAUAACUACCUGUACCUGCUCCCGGCUGGCGCCUUCGUGGGAGGUUAUGGAGCAGCUCUGCACAGCGGCUACAACAUAGAACAGAUGAUGUACCUGGGCUCUGGUCUAUGCUGUGUUGGUGCUUUGGCUGGUCUAUCCACUCAGUCCACAGCGCGCCUGGGUAACGCACUGGGUAUGAUCGGAGUGGCAGGUGGCAUCGCUGCAACUCUGGGCGUUCUGAAGCCCUCCCCUGAGCUCCUGGGUCAGAUGAGCGCUGCCAUGGCUGUGGGUGGCACCACCGGUUUAGCCAUCGCCAAGAAGAUCCAGAUUUCAGAUCUGCCUCAGCUGGUGGCUGCCUUCCACAGUCUGGUCGGUUUGGCCGCCGUGCUCACCUGCGUGGCCGAGUACAUGGUGGAGUACCCGCACUUCGCCACAGACCCUGCUGCCAACCUCACCAAGAUUAUCGCGUACCUGGGCACCUACAUCGGGGGCGUCACCUUCAGUGGUUCCCUAGUCGCGUACGGCAAACUGCAAGGUCUCCUGAACUCCGCCCCGCUCAUGCUCCCAGGCCGUCACGUUCUGAACGCCAGCCUCAUGGCUGCCAGCGUGGGAGGCAUUGUGCCGUACAUGAUGGACCCCAGCUACACCAUGGGCCUCACCUGUCUCGGCUCCGUUUCCGCCCUUUCGGCCAUCAUGGGGGUGACUCUGACUGCAGCCAUCGGUGGAGCAGACAUGCCAGUGGUCAUCACUGUGCUGAACAGUUACUCAGGCUGGGCUCUGUGUGCCGAGGGCUUCCUGCUCAACAACAACCUGCUCACCAUCGUCGGAGCGCUGAUCGGCUCAUCUGGAGCCAUCCUGUCCUACAUCAUGUGUGUGGCCAUGAACCGCUCACUGGCCAACGUUAUCCUCGGCGGCUACGGAACCUCAUCCACCGGCUCUGGAAAACCCAUGGAGAUCACGGGCACCCACACCGAGGUCAAUGUGGACCAGACUGUGGAGAUGAUCAAGGAGGCCCAGAACAUCAUCAUCGUCCCAGGUUAUGGUCUGUGUGCAGCUAAAGCUCAAUAUCCCAUUGCUGACCUCGUCAAGAGUCUGACCGAGCAGGGCAAGACAGUCAGGUUCGGCAUCCACCCCGUCGCUGGGCGCAUGCCCGGCCAGUUGAACGUGCUGUUGGCUGAAGCCGGCGUCCCAUACGACGUCGUUCUCGAGAUGGAAGAGAUCAACCAUGAUUUCCCCGAUACCGACCUGGUGCUGGUCAUCGGAGCCAACGACACGGUGAACUCUGCCGCUCAGGAAGACCCCAACUCCAUCAUCGCUGGAAUGCCAGUGCUGGAAGUGUGGAAGUCCAAACAGGUCAUCGUGAUGAAGAGGUCUCUGGGUGUGGGCUACGCGGCCGUGGACAACCCCAUAUUCUACAAAGCCAACACCUCGAUGCUUUUAGGAGAUGCCAAGAAGACGUGCGACGCGUUGGCUGCUAAAGUGCGUGAAGGUUAACGACCAAGCUCUGGAGCACCGGGUGUCCGUGAGGGAAGGAAAAAAAAAAUUGCUCUACCCUUUUCCCAAGGGUACAGGGUGUACAAAUUGACCAUUAUUCCUCUUAGACAAAGUAGAACUGAUAUCGCUCCACUCCUUACCACACUCCUUCAUUAAAAAAUUUUUUUUGCCUUUUUUUUUUUUUUUUACCCCCCUGAUAUCUGUAAAGUUUUAGUUUGUUUUUGUUCAGUAUUCUGUGCGUUCUGCCUAAUUAAAUUAUACUAGAAAGUAAAAAAGCAUUUCAACAAUUCACGGUAGGAGCUAAGAACGUGUAAGGGAUUUUUAUUUAUUUUUACUUUUUUUUUUUUUUUUUUUUUUUUUUUUUAAAUUAUGCAAGCAUCUGGUUCAGUCAUUUUAAGCCAUAGGGUUUUUAAGAAGGCACCGUUCGUGAUGAGGGUUAUUAAGUGACCAGCAUGUGAAAACAUGAAUGAUGGAAUGUUGAAGGCCAUUUUAUUUAAUACAAAAUUUUUUUUUUUCUCCCCCCCCGUACCUCAUCAAGGAGUCAUCGAGCUGAAGGGUCAAUACCAGAACGUUUAGAACGAGCAGAUCAAUAUCAUGCCAGAGGUGCGAUUUAUCCUCCCGUACAAUUCCAACAAACGAGAGACACGUCAGAAUGACGAUCGGGUCUAAUCUCGUACUUGGCUCGUGCGCCACGUCUCGUUUCUUUCCCCACGUUCACGGCGCUUUCGCUCGACGUUUUUCGACCGCUGUUAGUAAUAUAAAGCAUUAUGAGGGAGAACACAACAGACCCUACCUCUCGACAGUAUUAAACCUGACCAAACAAGCCCCUAUCAUGAAGAUGAUUUCCCGAAGCACAUUCUCCAGCGGACAUUCUCCUUGAUCUGCAGCAGCAUUAACAGAUCCAGCUUGCUCCUCGAUUUUAUCCAGGUGGUCCGCGUGAUACCUUUUCAACAUUUCAAGUAACAGUCGGGAUCACGAUUUAUCUCUUCCUUUUUUCUUCUUCUUUUUUUUUCCUUUCUUUUUUUUUCUUUUCGAUCCAACAGCCGAGUUAAAAGGAAAUAAGAAAUAAGCAAUAAAGCAAUCGCGACAUAGGAAGUAAAUAGGAUGAUCAACAACAGGUGGUUUCUAUUUGAUAUGCAAGCUCACUCCACUUUUUACUGUAGUUAUGUCGAAAUAUCGACGCUCUUAAAUAUUCUUUGUGCAAAAAGAAGUGAAGGUGUAGAGAAUAAACGUUUUGUAGCGUCAUGGUUCGCAGAUUCAAAGAGUUAACGAUGUACCGUGACGUGUUUUCUCUUUGCAAUUCAUCAUGAAACAUCACUCUUAAUAAACAUCUAGAUUUAAAAAAAAAAAAAAAAAACAAAGAAAAAGGCCUGACUCUGAUCAUUUCUAAAACGUGCAUGUGGGGUGUUUUUUUUUUUUUUUAAACCUUGAAGGUGGUACAAAGGUUUUAAUGUUGGUAAGCAAGCUCACCACGCGAAAUGGGAGCGUUUGUAUCGCCGCACUUUAUCUUUCACACAUGCGCUGAUAAGGGGUAUCUGCACAAGUCUCGGUGAUUGCCCAUUGUCACACUCGAGGUAACCCCGUGCAGGAUCGUGCGGUUAUUUUCUCGCCCUUUUGAUGCUUGGUGGGAUUGCAUGAGUGUAUCAUGAGGGUUCCUUCACUUUGGCAACAAGUGACACUCAGACAUGACGAUAUCCAUCUACACCCUAUUUUUUUUUUUUUUUUUUUUUUCUUCCCCUGGCUUAUAGGAACAGCUUGGCGAAAAGUCAAAUUUGAACCCCCGUUGUAGCUUUGCACCAGCUUCGUCCUCGUCUCCGACUGGUCUGGUUACGUUAGUGUAGUGUGUACUCCUUUUAACAAAUAUUGCAGGAGUUGUCCAUGUCUACAGAUUUAUAGUUCGACGUAGAACUAUGUCCUCGGACCCCGAGACGCUCGGUUUUCUUUGGAAAUCUGUGAGGCAGGGCCUAGAGAGAGAAAUUUUAAACCAAUCACUGUCUGAUUUAACUGGAUGCAGGUUCAAGACGGAUAUUUCCAAAAAAAGACUAACUCGGGCGGGAUUGGCGUUUUUAUUCUCUCGCCCAUACGAGUGCGUGAAGUCGAGGGUGGAAAUCCUCGUCAGGAUUGCAUGAGUUUGUCAUGAGGGCUCUUUUUACUUCAGCAACAAGUGGCACUCAGACACGAUGGUAUCUCUCACUGCACCUUUCUCCCGGGGAUUGUUACAAGUGCUCUGUGUAGCUAUAAUCAGGCCUGUUUCCAACCGUAGAACUCGUAUCUUCAGAUUCCAAAGCCCAGCGUCGAUGUCUGCUUUUCUUUAACGCGACGUCGCCCCGCCAUCGCUUCAGUGCCGCUUGUAGAUGUUUGUAGCUGGGUUCACAGUUGAGCAUCACGGUUUGAAAUUAUAAGAUUAACAUCUAGAUUCUGGUCCGAUCUGGAAAGCACCUUAAGAGGUCUAAAAUGUAAAGCUGUCUCAUUUCUGUUUUGAUAACGCAGGCAAUGUUCCACAGUUGGACACCGUUAUACACAGCCGUCCUCUCGUUCUGCUUUAUAAUGACUUUAAAUGGGAUAAAUAUUGACGAUGUGAGAUUUUAUUCAAUACUUUUUGGAACCGUUUAUACGAAAACCUUGCGCUACAUUUAUCCCUUUUAAGUUUCACCACCAGUGUCUGUGUUAAGCCAGCGAUUAAUACUGUGAAACUGAUGCUUGGGAACACUUUAUUCGACGGGUACCUACAUGCGGGCUUCAUGACGCGUUCAUAACCCUUACAUUAAGCUUCUAUAAAACCAAGUUGGAUGCUUUAUGAAAGGCUUAUGUCAAAACAUUAUAGGUGCGUAUCAAUCGUUCAUAACGUUGGCAUACGUCACAUAAGAUUCAUAUUACAUGGGAGUGCUUCGUAGUAGAACAUUUUCCAUUUAUUACGCUAUCACUUUGAUUUUCAUGCACUUAAACUAUUCAUAAUAUCGGCAUAUAUGCUUCCUGAGUUCAUAAGACCGUUAUAAAUGGGACGGACCUCCAGAGGCGUCGUAUUCCUGCAUAAAUUCAUUAAACAGCUCAAAAAAAAAAAGUAAGGUAACAAUUACAAAAUUCAACAGCUCGUUCGUGCGCUCGUGUUAUCUGGUCAUCAAUCACGAGACCUUUUGCGUCCACUCCGAUCGGAGAUAUCGCAUAAAACUGUCACAUGACAAUAUUUCACAUCUUUUUUUUUUUUUUUUUUUAAAUGAAUUGUCUAAUGCUACUUAAUAAAAGACUUGUGUAAUGUUCAUGAAUGUAUUAUGAACUGGAGCCCUUUUAUCUCCACUCUUAUGACGUAUUUCAUUAAAGCCUGUAAUGUCACCUGA